AUGUCCGAACCCACAGCCUCGGCCGCAAAGGUCCAGGCGGCCGCUUUCCCAGAUGGCACAACCGACUAUGUGCCUCUGCGGUCCGGCGCCAAGUACGACCCCAAGAAGGUGCACAUCUCCGACCUGCCCAUGACCUGGGGCAACUGGUACAAGCACAUCAACUGGCUCAACGCCAUCUUCAUCGUCUUCAUCCCGCUGGCCGGCUUUGUCUCCUCCUACUGGGUGCCUCUGCACCUUUCCACCGCCAUCUUCUCCGUCAUCUACUACUUCAACACUGGCCUGGGCAUCACAGCUGGCUACCACCGUCUCUGGGCUCACUCCUCCUACAAGGCCACUCUCCCCCUCAGAAUCUACCUCGCUGCCGUUGGAGCUGGUGCCGUCGAGGGCUCCAUCCGCUGGUGGUCAAGAGGCCACCGCUCUCACCACCGAUACACAGACACCGACAAGGACCCCUACUCCGUCCGCAAGGGUCUUCUGUACUCUCACAUGGGCUGGAUGCUGUUCAAGCAGAACCCCAAGCGCAUCGGCCGCUGCGACAUUAGCGACCUCAACGAGGACAGCAUCGUUGUCUGGCAGCACCGCAACUACCUCAAGUGCGUCAUCUUCAUGGGCCUCGUCUUCCCCACCGUCUUCUGCGGCCUCAUGUUCAACGACUGGCUGGGCGGCUUCGUCUACGCCGGCAUCCUGCGCAUCUGCUUCGUCCAGCAGGCCACCUUCUGCGUCAACUCCCUGGCCCACUGGCUCGGCGACCAGCCCUUUGACGACCGCAACUCACCCCGUGACCACGUCAUCACCGCGCUCGUCACCCUCGGUGAGGGCUACCACAACUUCCACCACGAGUUCCCUGCCGACUACCGAAACGCCAUUGAGUGGUGGCAGUACGACCCCACCAAGUGGAUGAUUGUCUUCUGGAAGUGGACUGGCCUCGCCUACGACCUGAAGCAGUUCCGCGCCAACGAGAUCGAGAAGGGCCGUGUCCAGCAGCUCCAGAAGAAGCUCGACCAGAAGCGUGCCACCCUCGACUGGGGCACUCCCCUUGAGCAGCUCCCCGUUGUUGACUGGGAUGACUUCGUCGCCGACUCCAAGAACGGAAAGGCCCUGGUUGCCAUUGCUGGUGUUAUCCACGACGUUGGCAACUUCAUCCGCGAUCACCCCGGUGGCAAGGCCCUGAUUACCUCCGCCAUCGGCAAGGACGCCACGGCCAUCUUCAACGGCGGUGUCUACAACCACUCCAACGCCGCCCACAACCUGCUGUCCACGAUGCGUGUCGGUGUCCUGCGCGGCGGCUGCGAGGUCGAGAUCUGGAAGCGUGCUCAGUUCGAGAACAAGGACGUCACCUACAUCAACGACUCUGCCGGUCAGCGCAUCGUCCGUGCUGGCGCCCAGGUCACCAAGGUCGCUCAGCCCAUUGCCAGCGCCGACGCUGCUUAAAUGCAGUUGUUGUUGGCCUCUUUUCUUUUGUUUUCUAAAGCAUGGAAGGAAACCAAUCGAGUUUCCCUAGCUGGAAAAAAGAGCUGUGAGGAGAAGGCGGUGUGGGGUAGAUCGGGAAAAAGCUCUCAUGGGCCAAUUAGCAUGUGAUGCAAAUCCAUGGAAGCCUUCUCGAACAAAUUAACAGAAAACAAACUAUCACGAAUUGGCGUUUCAAAGGGGGAAAUCAUGUAUUUUUUAUUUAUUUCAAGGGGCCUGCUGAAUAGGCCGGACACAUGGGGCGUUUGUAUUUACACAGAAUGAAGAGAAGAAGGGAAGGCUAGAUUAUUCCACUGAGCGAUGUAGAGGUGGAAAAAGACACACUCAAUGAUGAAUAUAUACAAUUAUAUAUGC